AUGGCUGAUAGGCACCAGCAACCAUCUGUGAUGCAAAAGAUGGCCAGCCAGGUCUAUCUCAGUUCCGGCCUUUCCCAAGGCUUUCAGAAGCCUGCUUUACACCAAAAGCAGUUUGCAUAUGGAAAUUAUUCCAAUGCAGGAUUCCAGUAUGCCAUGACAAGGACUUGCCGAUCUACCCCUGACAUGUCUGUGGUUGCAUCUACCACCUCACCUGUACUUGUCCAAGCCCCAUCUGAGAAAGGUGCUGCUGGCUUUGCUAUUGAUUUUCUCAUGGGUGGAGUUUCUGCAGCUGUGUCCAAAACUGCUGCAGCUCCCAUUGAGCGUGUGAAGCUCUUGAUCCAAAACCAGGACGAGAUGAUCAAGACUGGUCGACUCUCCGAACCAUACAAGGGAAUUGGAGAUUGUUUCAGCCGAACAAUGAAAGACGAGGGGAUGUUGUCAUUGUGGAGAGGGAACACAGCCAAUGUCAUCCGUUACUUCCCCACUCAGGCCCUGAACUUUGCAUUCAAAGAUUACUUUAAGAGGCUUUUCAACUUCAAGAAGGACCGUGAUGGCUAUUGGAAGUGGUUUGCUGGUAACUUGGCAUCUGGUGGAGCUGCUGGUGCCUCUUCACUACUCUUUGUCUAUUCUCUGGAUUAUGCCCGUACCCGUCUUGCAAAUGAUGCGAAGGCUGCAAAGAAGGGAGGGGAGAGGCAAUUCAAUGGCUUGGUUGAUGUCUACAAGAAGACAUUGCAAUCAGAUGGUCUUGCUGGGCUUUACCGUGGAUUUAACAUUUCAUGUGUCGGCAUUAUUGUAUACCGUGGUCUGUAUUUUGGAAUGUAUGAUUCUUUGAAGCCAGUAAUCCUAACUGGAAAGUUGCAGGAUAGUUUCUUUGCUAGCUUUGCUCUUGGUUGGGUCAUCACCAAUGGUGCUGGUCUUGCAUCCUAUCCAAUUGACACCGUCCGCAGAAGAAUGAUGAUGACGUCCGGGGAAGCUGUCAAGUACAAGAGCUCCCUCGAUGCAUUUGCUCAGAUCCUCAAGAAUGAGGGUGCUAAAUCCCUCUUCAAGGGUGCUGGUGCAAACAUCCUCCGUGCAGUUGCUGGUGCCGGUGUACUUGCCGGAUAUGACAAGCUUCAGGUGAUUGUCUUCGGAAAGAAGUAUGGUUCUGGUGGUGCCUAA